UGCUACUAUAGGCACCAUCUCUCCCUACUAUACCUGCUAUCCCACAGCCACACCCCCUUCUCAGAGGCCAUUUUCUCAUUGCUGUUGCUAGUGAGUGGAGGUGCUUUGAGUGUUCUGUGGUUCUGUGACUUUCUCCCAGGCCCAGCUGGGUCUGGGGGUUAGUUUUGUGGGUGCUUUUUUCUUUGUGUUUUUGGUGCUUUCCCUACUCAAUGGGGAAGAAGGCAAUAAAACCUUUUAGCCGGGUAGUGAAGACCCGUUUGGGCAGCAGCAAGAGGGCUGCCGGAUCAAACAUUGUGGUGACUGUGGAGCGCGCUGCAAAGGGCAAUGUUUCCUGCUCUAUUAAAGGAAAGAAUAAGAAAAGUAAAAGUUGUUCCCAAAGCGGCAUUGAGAGUGACUCUGACUCUGUGGAAAUGGACGCCGGUGUUGGAGUAACUGCAGGGAGCUGCGGAGCUGCAACAGAGGCAAACCAGGAGGUGAGAGGAGAGUCUGAUGGCUGCAAAAUGGCUGCUGGCAUUGAGGAGCUUGGAAGCCAUGUGGCAAUGGUGGUUGCAGAGAGCGCUCUGAGUGACCAGGAGAUGGCUGCUGCCUGUGAGGUGCAUGGAAACCGUGUGGCCCAGGACAGUGAGCAGGUAAUGGCUGCCGACCCCCUGGGGAAGGCAGGGGAAGGGCACAAAGUUACUGAGACUGUAAUACAGUAUGACACUAUCAUUAAUGCUUUGAAAGAACUGAGGUGUUUAGAGGAGAAACAAGGCAAAUUAAAUAAAGACAUUGACAGGCUUAUAAAAAAAUCUGAAGUUGGCAAGAGGAGAGAGGAGAACUCUGUAUAUCAGGGAGUUGGCUUUCCACAAUAAGGAGCUGGAAGACACUGAGACUUACAUUAAAGACAUUCUGGCUGUUAUAGAGCCAUGGAAGGAGCUGUAUGGCAACAAGCAGAGAUUUGAACAAAUGAAAGAAGGCAAUAUGACUGCUGAGAGACUGCUAAAAGUUGCAGAACUGCUCAAAGAGA